AUGCUCGCCUCCCUCAAGUCUGGCCCAUCGCGUAUCACUGGCACGCGCUGUAUGUCAACUGCGACUCAGCGCGCGCCCGUCAUGCGACGUGCGAUGCUGUAUGUCCCCGGCUCCAACCCGCGUAUGCUCGAGAAGUCGCUCGCUUCGCCGGCGGACUCGAUCAGUUAUGACCUUGAAGACGCCGUUUCGCCGUCCGCCAAGCCCGCAGCACGCAAGCUCGUCGCCGAGCUGCUCGACUCGGAGCGCAGACCAAAGGGCGAGGUCAUGGCGCGUAUCAACGCCGUCGGCACCGGCUUUGAGAUUGACGAUCUGGACACGGUGCUGCGCACGCGCAACAUUGAGGCCGUCGCGCUUCCUAAGACCAACGACCCAGACCAAAUCGAGUGGGUCGUCUCGCGUAUCGACGCGCUGUGUCCUCCCGAGAAACGCCGCGGCGGCGCCAACCCGCUCCGCAUCAUCGGUAUGAUCGAGAGCGCCGAGGCAAUGGUCAAGAUUGAGCGCAUCGCCGCCGCAGGAAAAGGCCAUCUCGAUGCCCUUCUCUUUGCUGCUGAGGACUACUGCGCCGACGUCGGAAUCGCACGCACCGAGUCCCGCGCCGAGCUCCUGUACCACCGCUCCAAGCUCGUGGUCACCGCCAAGGCAUUUGGCCUGGGUGCCAUUGACCUCGUGUGCGUCAACUACAAGGACCCCGAGGCGCUGCGUGUCGAGAGCGAGGAGGGACGCAGACUGGGAUUUACAGGCAAGCAAGCGAUCCACCCGAACCAGGUGGACGUGAUUCAGCGCGCGUACGCGCCGUCCGAGGCAUCCAUCCUCAAGGCUGCCCGAGUCAAGCUCUCGUUCGAGCUCAACGACAAGGCCGGAAAGGGCGCGUACGGCCUUGACGGAGUCAUGAUCGAUGCGCCAAUGUACAAGCAGGCUCUCAGCACGAUUGCCAUGGCUGUCGCGGCUGGUAUCCCCAUCCCAGAGGUGACGGAGAAGGACGUGCAGUAG